AUGGUGACCACUUCUUCUUCUUCUUCUCCGGUGAAAAUCACCGUCUCCUCGGGCGGAAAAGCCGGAGGAAGUCGAAGAAGAAGCAUCGGUCUAACAAGUCCACAACCACGUCAUUCCGUCUCGAACAACCCUAAUUCAAACCGACUUUCCACCGGAAGGAGGUUAUCAGCUGGUGGUAACUACUCCGAUGGUACAGAAGAAACAACUACGGAAUACGUAUCAUACACAGUUCACAUUCCUCCUACGCCAGAUCGUAUGCCACUUUCGUCUUCUCAAACAAGCCUCCCUGAAGAAAACGCGAGAAAUAACCCUAACUACAUCUCCGGUACAAUCUUUACCGGAGGUUUUAACUCUGUCACACGAGGUCAUGUCAUCGAAUGCUCCAACGAACGCGAUGAUCCUCAGCUGUUGAAAUCUAAAUUGAUCUGCGGAAUGAAAGGAUGCGACGAGGACGCGAUUAAGAGUUGUACUUGUGAGUGCGGGUUCAAAAUUUGCAGGGAUUGUUACAAAGAGUGUUGUGGAAAUGGAAAUCGAGGUGGUGGUAAAUGUCCCGGAUGUAAAGAACCUUACAACAAUGUUAGUGAUAGCGAAGAAGAAGAAGAGGAGGAGGAGGAAGAGGUGUCUGAGUGUGAAGAUCAGGCUUUACCUUUACCUUCCAUGGCGGAAUUCAAGCUGGAUAAGAGGCUUUCUCUUGUGAAAUCUUUUAAAGCGCAGAAUCAACCACCGGAGUUUGAUCAUACUCGUUGGCUCUUUGAAACUAAAGGAACUUAUGGUUAUGGAAAUGCUGUUUGGCCUAAAGAUGGAUAUGGUUCCAAUGGAUAUGAACCUCCUCCGGAUUUUGGGAAGAAAAGUAGAAGACCUUUGACUAGGAAAGUUGGGGUUUCAGCUGCAAUUCUUAGUCCUUAUAGGUUGCUAAUUUUGAUGCGUCUUGCUGCACUUGGUUUGUUUCUUACAUGGAGGAUUCGACACCGGAACCAUGAGGCAAUGUGGUUGUGGGGAAUGUCAGUGACUUGUGAACUAUGGUUUGCAUUUUCAUGGCUUCUUGAUCAGCUUCCCAAGCUGUGUCCGGUGAACAGAGUUACUGAUUUGGCUGUUUUGAUAGAUCGGUUCGAGUCACCGAAUCUAAGAAAUCCGAAAGGGAGGUCUGAUCUCCCUGGAAUUGAUGUCUUUGUUUCAACAGCAGAUCCAGAAAAGGAGCCACCUCUUGUCACUGCAAAUACCAUUUUGUCUAUUCUUGCAGUUGAUUAUCCGGUGGAAAAAGUUGCUUGUUAUUUGUCUGAUGAUGGUGGAGCUCUUUUGACAUUUGAAGCUCUUGCAGAGACUGCUAGUUUUGCAAGAGUUUGGGUUCCUUUCUGUAAAAAGCACCAUAUUGAGCCGAGAAAUCCUGAAGCUUAUUUCGGCCAGAAGCGCGAUUUUCUUAAGAACAAAGUUAGGUUGGACUUUGUUAGGGAGAGGAGAAGGGUGAAGAGGGAAUAUGAUGAAUUCAAAGUGAGGAUCAAUUCCUUACCUGAAUCUAUAAGGAGAAGAUCAGAUGCUUACAAUGCUCAUGAGGAGUUACGAGCCAAGAAGAAACAGAUGGAAACGGGUUCUGAUAUUUCUGACCUCAUUAAGGUCCCUAGAGCAACUUGGAUGUCUGAUGGUUCUCAUUGGCCUGGAACUUGGCCAUCAGCAGAACCCGACCACUCUAGAGGUGACCAUGCUGGUAUAAUUCAGGCAAUGUUGGCUCCUCCAAAUGUAGAACCAGAAUAUGGCACAGAAGCUGAUGGAGAGAACUUGAUUGACUCAACAGAUGUUGAUGUUAGGUUGCCAAUGCUUGUUUAUGUGUCUCGUGAGAAGAGGCCGGGAUACGAUCACAACAAGAAAGCUGGCGCCAUGAAUGCUCUUGUUCGAACUAGUGCCAUCAUGUCCAAUGGUCCGUUCAUUCUCAAUCUUGACUGUGAUCAUUACAUCUACAACUCAUUAGCCAUCAGAGAAGGUAUGUGCUUUAUGCUUGACAGAGGUGGUGACAGGAUAUGCUAUGUUCAAUUCCCUCAAAGGUUUGAAGGUAUUGACCCUAGCGAUCGAUACGCAAAUCACAACACGGUUUUCUUUGAUGUGAGCAUGAGAGCUCUUGAUGGUUUACAAGGUCCAAUGUAUGUUGGAACUGGCUGCAUAUUCAGAAGAACAGCUCUCUAUGGUUUUAGUCCACCUAGAGCUUCUGAACAUCAUGGAUGGUUUGGAAGGAGGAAAAUUAAGUUGUUUUUGAGAAAGCCUAAGGUGUCAAAAAAGGAAGAAGAUGAAGUUUGUGUGCCAAUCAGUUGCGAUCACAACGAUGAUGACGCAGAUAUAGAAUCCCUGCUUCUUCCCAAAAGGUUUGGAAAUUCCACUUCUUUAGCUGCAUCCAUUCCAGUAGCAGAAUAUCAAGGAAGGUUGCUUCAAGAUUCAAAAGGAAAUGGAACACAAGGAAGGCCUGCAGGUUCUCUUGCCGUGCCUCGGGAGCCGUUAGAUGCUGCUACUGUUGCUGAGGCAAUUAGUGUCAUAUCUUGUUACUAUGAGGAUAAAACUGAGUGGGGGAAAAGAGUAGGGUGGAUAUAUGGUUCUGUCACAGAAGAUGUUGUGACUGGUUACAGAAUGCACAAUAGAGGAUGGAGAUCAGUUUACUGUGUGACAAAAAGAGAUGCAUUUAGAGGAACAGCUCCAAUCAAUUUAACAGACAGGCUACACCAAGUGCUUCGUUGGGCAACAGGACAGUUUAUAGUCCAAUCACUCAGCGUAACUUUUCUAGUGUUCUUGCUUGGAAUCACAGUCACACUAUGCUUACUUGCACUACUUGAGAUCAAGUGGUCAGGUAUCACACUACAUGAUUGGUGGAGAAAUGAACAGUUUUGGGUAAUCGGCGGAACAAGUGCACAUCCCGCAGCUGUUUUACAAGGAUUGUUGAAGGUAAUAGCAGGAGUAGACAUCUCAUUCACAUUGACAUCAAAGUCAGCAACACCAGAAGAUGGAGAAGAUGAGUUUGCUGAUCUUUAUGUAGUGAAAUGGAGCUUCCUAAUGGUACCUCCAAUCACAAUUAUGAUGGUGAAUACUAUUGCUAUUGCUGUGGGAGUAGCCAGGACUCUAUAUAGUCCAUUUCCGCAAUGGAGUAAACUUGUUGGAGGAUUGUUUUUCAGCAUUUGGGUUCUGUGUCAUCUUUAUCCGUUUGCAAAAGGGCUUUUGGGAAGAAGAGGAAAGGUUCCAACCAUUAUCUACGUUUGGUCUGGUUUACUCUCAAUUAUUAUAUCUUUGCUUUGGGUUUAUGUUCACCCUCCUGCUGGUGGAAGGCCCCAAGAUUUCAUGAAUUUCCAGUUCCCUUGA